AUGGCCAGCAAACCUAAUUCGAAGCGAACUAUAUAUGUUGGUGGUUUAGCCGAAGAAGUCGAUGAAAAAGUUUUAAAUGCUGCUUUCAUACCGUUCGGAGAUCUUGUGGAUGUCCAAAUUCCUUUGGAUUAUGAGUCAGAAAAACAUAGAGGGUUUGCGUUUAUUGAGUUUGAGAACGCAGAGGAUGCAGCUGCUGCUAUCGACAACAUGAACGAUUCCGAACUCUUUGGUCGUACAAUCAGAGUGAACAUAGCAGCACCACAACGCAUCAAAGAAGGAUCGACUCGUCCUGUGUGGUCUGAAGACAGCUGGCUUCAGAAACAUGCUGGUGGAACAUUAAAUGUUGAUAAGGAAGAUUCAAAUAAUGCGAGCAAGGAAAAGACUGAGGCUUCAAGUGAGCCAGCUAGACCCAUAGAAAAGCGCAACCCUCAAGUAUACUUCGAUAUUAGUGUCGGAAAGCAGGAGAUUGGACGAAUCAUAAUGAUGCUCCGAGCAGACAUAGUACCAAAAACUGCAGAAAACUUUAAAGCUCUGUGUACACAUGAAAAAGGUUUUGGUUACCAGGGCAGCAGUUUUCACAGGAUCAUACCGGAUUUUAUGUGUCAAGGUGGUGAUUUUACAAACAACAAUGGUACAGGCGGCAAAUCAAUAUAUGGAAGGAAAUUUGAAGACGAGAACUUCACAUUAAAACACACGGGACCCGGUAUACUUAGUAUGGCAAACUCUGGACCUAAUACCAACGGGUCACAGUUCUUCCUUUGUACUGCCAAGACCGAUUGGUUGGACGGGAAGCAUGUAGUGUUCGGUCACGUAUUAUCUGGACUCGAUGUACUGAAGAAGAUGGAGCGAUAUGGAAGCAAGACCGGCGCUCCCUCGGCUAAAGUGAUCAUAAGUAACUGUGGUGAAUUACAAUAA